AUGCAGUCCCUCAUGCAGAGCAUGGAGCACGCAUCCGCAGAGCAGCGGACAGAGAUGCUCGAGCGGCUGGAGGAGAUGCAGCUCAAAGACACGCUCCGCAUGUUCAACGGCCUCGUCGAGCGCUGCUUCUCGGAGUGCGUCACCGGCUUCCGAUCCAAGGCGCUGACGGCGCCCGAGGAGAAGUGCGUGACGACAUGUGCAAACAAGUACCUGAAACACUCGGGGCGAGUCGGCCAGCGGUUUGGCGAGCUGUCGGCGCAGCAGAAUGAAGCGGCAGCGCAGCAAGGGUAG